UCAGCUAAAUGUAUCGUAACAGGUACAGUAGGGGACACGUUGACGGUGUUGUAAUUUCAGGUGUUUUCUGCGAAGCUAUUGCUGUAUCGGUCGACUGUGAGCUCCUCACUUUAUCCGUGACAUGAGUGUGGGCUUCAUAGGAGCAGGCCAGCUGGCCCAUGCUCUGGUGAGAGGCUUCACAGCUGCAGGCGUGAUUGCCACCCACAGAAUCACAGCCAGUUCCCCAGACACAGAUCUCCCCACAGUACAGGGCCUGCGGAAAUUGGGUGUCAAUCUCACCACCAGCAACAAAGAGACAGUGAGCAAAUGUGAUGUUCUCUUCCUGGCCGUGAAGCCCCACAUCAUCCCUUUUGUGCUGGAUGAGAUUGGACCAGACAUCGAAGAUCGACACCUUAUUGUGUCUUGUGCUGCUGGUGUCACCAUCAGCUCUAUAGAGAAGAAGCUGCAGCAGUAUCGUGCUAAUCCAAAGGUGAUGCGUUGCAUGACAAACACUCCGGUGGUGGUGCGUGAGGGGGCCACUGUGUACGCCACUGGCACCUAUGCAGAGGUAGAGGAUGGACAGCUCCUGGAGCAGCUGAUGGCCAGUGUGGGAUACUGCACGGAGGUGGAGGAGGACCUGAUUGAUGCGGUCACCGGCCUCAGCGGCAGUGGUCCUGCUUAUGCGUUUACUGCUGUAGAUGCUCUUGCUGAUGGUGGUGUGAAAAUGGGCCUGCCCAGGAGACUGGCUGUACGCCUCGGAGCCCAAGCGCUGCUGGGGGCUGCUAAGAUGUUGUUAGACUCCGAGCAACACCCUGGGCAGCUCAAGGACAAUGUGUGUUCACCAGGGGGCGCCACCAUCCACGCCCUGCAUGUCAUGGAGAGCGGUGGCUUCCGCAGCCUCCUCAUCAACGCUGUAGAGGCCUCCUGUGUUAGGACUAGGGAACUUCAGUUUUUGGCCGACCAAGAGAAAAUCUCGCCAGCUGCCAUAAAGAAGACCACUCUGGACAAAGUGUUGCAGCAGCCAGGAGUGACUGCAGGGUCUGUUGGAUUCAGAUCUCAGGGGAUCAGUAUGUUCAGCAGUAACCCCAGGACCAAGAAGAAGUGAUCUGUCACUACAGCGAAGAUGCAAUAUAUAUGCUGUGAAUAAACCACUACUGGAUGAAGACUGUUGGAAGAGAAACUAAUCUAGUGGAUUACUUUUUAGAAAAAAAAAACAGCUAGGUUGGGGAUGAUGAAUGCCUGAGCCAUAUUUCUUUUUAUAAUGCAAUGACUGUCCAAUGUCAGGCUAGACUUGACUAGAAUAAUAAUUUAAAUCUCUGUGGUUACUAUGGCUUUCUAUAUCGUACUUCAAAUGGCGAUGCAAUUGAGUGGUGUGCAGCGAAGCAAUACGCUUUGCUCCAUGACUUUCUAGGAGUGGUGUUACUGUUAAACUUGCAUUUAUGCAAUUUCCAAACUACGUUUAAACUUUCAUACAAAAUGAACUAAUCGGUGCAUUUUAUGAUGCAAUGACACUCAUGAUGUUUUCAUAUAUUCUUUAUAAAUAAGCAUGGAAAAACCACAUUCUGUUGACGUUCUU